AUGGUCCGAUGGACCUCGGCUCUUCUGCUGCGUGAGCAGCAUCGGCGAGCUUGCAACAAGGGCAGUACCACCGAGUCUCAAAGCCUACUUUAUAAAAGAGGCCCCAUCCGGCAUCGUCGAAACCUAUUCUUCUUUUCUCCCGCAUUUCUGGCCCCCCAGGUUUUCCCCAUUUCCUCCAAACCCCAUAUUCCACCAUUCCUCUUUGACGUCAUGUCUUCCGCCCAGCAGCGCCUGUCUCAGGUUUCCUCCCACUUCGGUGGCAAGAAGGGAGCCGCAGCCUUGACUGAGAAGCACCCCGAUGAUAUUGUUGUCACAUGCGCCCUCCGCUCCGCUUUGACCAAAGGCGGCAAGGGUGGAUUCAAGGAUACCGCUGCCGCUGAUAUUCUGGCUGGCGUGUUCAAGUCUCUUAUUGCCAAGAGCGGUAUCGACCCCAAGGUCGUGGAAGAUGUUGCCGUUGGCUCCGUCCUCCCUCCCGGUGGUGGUGCUACCGAGUUCCGUGCCGCUGCUCUCGUGGCUGGUUUCCCCGAGACCGCUGCAGUGAAGGCCUUGAACCGCCAGUGCUCCAGUGGCUUACAGGCUAUCGUUGAUAUUGCGAAUGCUAUCAAGUCCGACAUGAUCGAGGUUGGUGUUGGUGCCGGUGUUGAGAGCAUGUCCUCCCAGUACGGCCCGGGUGCCGUUACCGAAUUCUCUGACCUCCUCGAGAACCACCAAGAGGCCGCUAACUGCAAGGUUCCCAUGGGUGUUCUCUCUGAGGACAUGGCUAAGGACCGCAACAUCAGCCGUGCUUCCCAAGAUGCUUUCGCCGCUUCCUCAUACCAGAAGGCCGAGAAGGCGCAGGCUGCUGGUCUGUUCAAGGAGGAGAUCGUCCCUCUUGAGGUCAAGUGGACCGAUCCCAAGACUGGUGAUGAGAAGACCAUCACCGUCAAAGAGGAUGACGGUAUUCGCAAGGGCAUGACCGCCGAGUCACUGGCCAAGAUCCGCCCCGCCUUCGCUAAGGAUGGCUCCAUCCACGCUGGUAAUGCCUCUCAGAUCUCCGACGGUGCUGCCGCCGUCCUGCUGAUGAAGCGUUCCACCGCUGAGCGUCUCGGCCAGAAGAUCAUUGGCAAGUACGUCUCCGCCAGCAUUGUUGGUGUCAAGCCGCUGCUCAUGGGUGUUGGCCCCUGGAAGGCCAUCCCCGUUGCUCUGGAGAAAGCCGGUAUCACCAAGGAUGAUGUGGACAUCUUUGAGAUCAACGAGGCCUUCGCUUCCCAGUGCGUGUGGUGUAUCAAUGAGCUUGGCUUGCCUGUCGAGAAGGUCAACCCUAAGGGUGGUGCCAUUGCCUUUGGUCACCCUCUAGGCUGCACCGGCUCCCGCCAAGUGAGCACGCUGUUGACUGAGCUCAAGCGCACAAACAAGAAGGUCGGCGUGACCAGUAUGUGCGUUGGUACUGGCAUGGGAAUGGCUGCUGUCUGGGUGGCCGAGUAA